AGUAUUACUGUAAGGUAAACCCUGCUUGGUUUAAAUAUUUGACAGUGAUUAACAGUUAUAGUAAAAUAUUUACACUACGUAUUACAUUUUAAAUAGGGUAACUUGUAAUCUGUAACCUAUUAUAUUUCCAAAGGACAGUGCCUGGCGAAAGGCAAGACAUGCAAAUUAAAUGGGGGCUGUAUAACCAAAAUAAAUUGUUCGAUAUCCUUAACCAUUUUACAAGCCCUCUUUGGAGCUUUAUUUAAGAGUUCCAAUACAUCUCAUUUAUCUGUCCACGUUCACUCAGCCCUUCAACUAGUCACGGUAAGGGAUAUAUGAAGCGACUCAUCUUAUGAUCCUGUGGAUGUAUGAAGGCCAUAUGAAUGACUGAAAAGCAAUCAGUAUAAUUUUACUUCACAAGCUCUGACAUACGUUGAAAGCGAUUGUUUUGAACUGACUUGCGAAACAGAACUAAUCCACCAUGGCACGCGAACAAGACUACCACACUAUCAUGUGUGGGCUGCAGGAGCUUGAUUUGCAAAUGAACGCAGUGCCCAGUGAUCUUGUACUGAUAGGUGAACAUGCCUUUCCACUUGUCAUGAAUCCAAAAGGUCAGGUGCUGAUGGCUGCAUCUUAUUACGGUAAAGGACGGUUGGGACAUGAGCAAUACCUAACAAGCUUUCCCGGCCUCAUAAAGAAUGCCCUAAAGUGGCUCAUGCCAUGUUCUGGUAAUGCUGGCAUUGUAGGAAUUCAGAAGAGUUUGUGUUCAGUAGCUGCAAACUUGAAUAACUGCCCUAUCAAGACAGAGCUAGGAGACUUUCGAAGUGGAUUAGCUGUUUAUAUCACAGAUGCUUACAGUGUUGAGAAGUGUGCAAAAGAUCUGAUUGCUUUCAUCAAAGCUGGGGGUGGCUUGAUCAUGGCUGGCCAGGCCUGGCAUUGGGCUGGAACCCACCCACAAGAAAACACUCUAAAGAACUUCCCAGGAAAUAAGGUGUGCAGUGUUGCAGGAAUUUACUUCUCAAAACGCUAUGGAGAAGUUGGCAUUUUUCCUGUUCCAAAACAAAUCCCUUAUAGUUGGCUUGCUUUAUCUGUAGGCAAGGACUUUAAGGAUGACCUACAGAUCCUGCUAGAAGGUGUGUCCGAGUUCAACAUCCAAGAUGAGGCUAUAGCAUCUGAGGUGAUGGUGCAUGGACCAUUAGCAUUUCCCAUUGCAGUCACUCCAGCUGGAAAAGCAUUCAUUGCUGGUGCCUAUUAUGGGCAAGGUCGAGUUAUUCUGUUAUCACAUGAAAGCUACAUGGACCGGGACUCUCUGUCCACUUUCCUGAUCAACGCUAUCAAGUGGCUUGAUGAAGAUUGCAAGGGUGUUAUUGGGAUACUACAUAGCCUAAAAGCAGCUCACACAGUACUGAGCAAAUCUGGUUUAGAUUGCCAGUUGACUGGUUUCAGAAAAGAUCUAAGUGUCUACGUUUGCACUUCAUACAGUGAUGCCCAGUGUGCAGAGAUCCAAGAAUUUGUUGCUGAAGGUGGAGGUCUUAUGAUUGGGGGUCAUGCUUGGUAUUUUGCCCAAACCCACUGUGGCUGCAAUGUGAUGACCGAUUACCCAGGAAAUCACAUUCUUAAUAAGAUGGGAUUGUCUCUCUUGGACAACACCUUGAUUGGAGAGUUAUGUAAAGCCCCUGAAAUUGAGCAAAGUCGUAAAGAGGGGUACCACUUUUGUAACAUGCUGCAUCGGUUUGCUGAACAUGUAUACCUGGGGAAAGAACUGACUAAUCAUGAACAGAGCUGCUUGAAGCAGCUGGGCAGUGACUGUGCCAGUUACCUUCAAAUGCGAUGUCAUGACAGCACCGCCUAUACUUCAAUAUUAGAUGGCCUUUGUGACAUAGUGAAGAAGUUUGGAGUUCCACAAGUGUCUAGUAACAGCCCUGUUGAAAAUGCCAAAGACCACCUGAUGCUCCACAUUGGGUCUGAGGUAUACAAAGUGUCGCCUGAUCCUGAUACCCUUCUUCCAUACAUCAUCAAGGACAGACCUAAGUUUCCCACUGUGUCUAAUGCAAGAGUUCGGAUCAGUGCCAAAACUGAAGAUUAUAUUGGUAGAGCAGAGGUUCUAAAACGGGCUCCUGUUGUCCAUGAGCGAUUCCCUUUGGAUGCAGAGAUGGUCCAAGUCUGCAAUCUAUGGGGAGGGCUCAUCUACAUAAUAGCACCUCCCCAAAGCAAAGUGGAUGGGGUAGAAUUUGUUGUGCAGGAUGCCGUACAGGCUCCGUACUUUAAGUCUGGAGAGACUAGUGUAGCUGACUGGGUGGACAGGAUCCGGCAGGCACCUGCCCCCUGGGCGGAGCUUGAGUUUGAGAACAUCAUCAUGACAUUAGAAUCAGAAUUUAUAAGGAAUCUAGACCACCCUGAUGAGGUGGCUAAACUUUGGGAUACCAUAAUGAGAAGCAUAGCUGACCUGGCAGCAAAGCCUGGCAAGUUCCCCCGCAAGGAGCGGUUUGUUGCAGAUGUUCAGAUCUCUGCCGGUUUCAUGCAUUCUGGAUAUCCCAUCAUGAUGCACACCGUCUCUGCCCCAGAACUUGUAAAUGUACAGGAAGCCUAUAAAAAUGGUCUUUGGGGACAAAUUCACGAGCUGGGUCAUAACCAACAGCGUAGCGUUUGGGAGUUCCCUCCGCACACCACUGAGUGCACAUGCAACCUGUGGUCAGUGUAUGUACAAGAGAAAGUGCUGGGUGUGAACAUCUCUAACGAUAAUUCAGAAUUAAGUCCAGAAAAACGGCAGGCUCGUAUCAAAUCAUAUUGCGAUGGCGGUAAGGAUUUAAAAAACUGGAGCGUGUGGACGGCACUCGAGACUUACAUGCAGCUUCAGGAAAAAUUUGGCUGGGAUGCUUUCAAGAAUGUUUUUAGUAUCUACCAUGACAUGGAUGGAGUGCCAGAUGACAACGCAGAGAAGAUGAAUCUAUAUGCUGAGACCUUCUCUAAGGUGGUCAAAAUGAAUCUGUGCCCCUUCUUCAAAGCGUGGGGUUGGCCCAUCCAGCACGGCACACAAAAGAAAAUCUCUCAUCUCCCUGAGUGGAGUGACCAUCCUAUGGUCCAGUAUGCAUAAAAACAUCUCAGAUAAUUUUUAAAAAGUAUGUUUUGCCAGUUUUAAUGUAGCUAAUAGGUAAGAUUAGGUACAGAAGAUGAUAUAUGUUUCUUGUUUGAUAUUACAUUAAUUAUAUUAAUUUCUAUUCCAUAUUUCAUUCUUAUUUGAUUUAAUAAGCAAAUAGAUAGCAAUUGAUUCAUAUCAAUGUAAAGCAUAGAAUUUUGCUUUUAUUUUAAAUAUUCUGAGCACUUGCUAUUAACUAAAGGUGGCUGUAGGCUAAGUGGGCUAAGAUUAAAUAAAACCAGAUGUAGCAUGAAUUUCGCUUGCACAACAUUUCAUAAAUACAGGCACAGCGUUUCAUAAAUACUAAAACCUGCAUGAAUUAUGUACUGCAUGCAAAUAAAAGUCAGUUCAACUGUAUGGCAUUGUAUUGGUGUAUCUCCCUUUCUUAUCC